GAGCACCACUUUGACACCGUGGUUCCCCUAAAGAAGGGCAAGAGAGCCGCGGCUCCGGAGCAGAAGCCCGAGAAGCGGAAGGCAGGCUACGACCUGCGCGACCGCAAGCCUUCGAAAGCAGGGAUCGAAAAGCACAAAUACGCGAUCUCUGAAGACAAAGUGGACCCUGAUGUGAGGGAGUACUUUUUCACCACGGUGCAGAGCUCGAAGGCUAAGGGAUCCCCGAGAAACAGGGUCUGCGGGGAAGCGACUGCCAAGAUUCAUUGGUAUUCCCUGCGCCAGCUUCUUGGAUGGGUCGACAAACACAACGUGUCUCCCGAGAAAAAGUCCAUCACAGAAUUGCUGGUGGACCAUGAUGUCCUCAAGGCCUACUACGUUCAUCUCGAGGACGACACAUGCAGAGGCACCAAAUGGACUCCCGGCGCCAUUGGCCUCAUCACCAGAUCAUUGGUUGUGGCGUUGCAGGUCCUGGGCCCGAAGUACUUGGAGGGGUCCAAGAAAGUCAAGAAGCGCCAGAUCCAGCGGACGAUCGAUUUGAUCCGCAGUCUUGGCAAGACUUCCGCAGAAAAGCGGGCCAUCGAAGGCUGCGGCCUUCCGGCUGGGAAACCUUUGGGCGACCCGCCGCUGACUGCCGAGGAGCUAGUCGACAACGCGAUCAAAUGGAGCCAGCGCUGCCGGAAUCAGGCCCUUCGUAACGAAGCCUUGCCAGAGGGCACUCCGGAGUCGGAAGCGGAGUACAUGCAAGCGCGGCUCGCACGAUAUCGUGCGUUCGGCCUUGCAUGGAGCUUUGUCUUUCAGACGACGGAGCGGAUCGGUACAGUCCUGAACCGAACCCUGCACUGGGACGAAGACGCUGAGGCGUACUUCUUCGUGGCGGCUGGCGUGAGCCCCGUGAAAACUGAGAAGGCGAAGCGGCUGAGCCGCGGGUACUUCGUCAGUCGCAAGUUCCUCUCUAAAAAGUGGAGCGCCGAAUUCAGUGCAUGGAUGGAGACUGACUGGCCCAUUCUUGUGUCAUACUACAAGUUGCCGGCUGAAGGCCCCACUUUCAAACCUCCGGCGCGCCCCGGUUGUGCCCCUUUCCUCCCAAUCCCGUACGACACCUUCCGAAAAGGAAUUCGGAUGGUAUGCAGAGCCUGCUCCACGGAUGUCAGGGGAGCAGCAGAGGGGUACUUGAUCGUUGACCCCGAGAUCACCGGGCGGCUCCACCAGGUGCGAACGCUGCAGAGGUUCGUCGGGCACGACGAAAAGACGUCGUUGAAACACUAUCAUGUGUUGGGGAGCCGCGCCCUGUCUUCGAAGUUGCAGAAGCUCAGCGACAAAGCAUCGAAGAAGACCAAAACGGCAAAGAAGGCUAAGAAAUAG